CAUCCCUGCAUUGAAUGUCAGCUGUCAUUAAAACUGUCAAAAUAUUGUAGUGUGCCGUAAAGUAUUGGGUUAAAUUUUCAUGAUCUUCUAAAAAAGAUGCUAAAUUCAAUUAAAAAAGUACAAAAAUUAUGUGCCAUAAGGCCACUACAAAGCCUGACACGAUGGCAACAAACCAUGGCACAAGAAGCAAUCAAAACUGAACCCGAAGACAUUUCCGAAUUCGAAAAACGUGCAUUACAAAAUCCCGAUUAUUUCCAAGUCCACAACUUGUUCACCAUUCGUGAUUUAUUUAAUGCUCGAGUGCAUUACGGCCACAAGGAAGGAUCAUUGGAUGAACGAAUGCUUCCCUAUGUGUAUGGCAGUCGCUUAGGUCACAUCAUAUUUGAUUUAGACAAAACCGCUCAACAUUUACGUGAUGCACUCAAUGUAACAGCGCAUAUUGCCUUUAGAGAUGGCAUAAUUCUGUUUCUGAAUCGUAAUGCGCUGAAUGCCCAUUUGGUGGAGAAAAAAGCCAUGGAAGCUGGAGAAUUCUCACACACACGAUUCUGGCGUGGUGGUAUUUUCACCAAUGCCAAUGUUCAAUUUGGAGCUGUCACGAGGUUACCAGAUCUUUGUAUUUUCCUUAAUACACAGAAUAAUGUGUUGCAUCAACAUGUUGCUGUAAGGGAUUCAGCUAAAAUGGCCAUACCGACUAUUGGUAUUGUUGAUUCAAAUUGUAAUCCCAGUCUUAUAACUUAUCCUGUGCCAGGGAAUGAUGAUUCACCGGCAGCAAUUGAAUUGUAUUGUAAUCUAUUUAAAGCUGCCAUUCUUCGUGGCAAACAGAAGAGGAAAGAGUUGCUGGGAGAAACUAUUCCACAAGCCACAAAAACGUAAAAUUAAAUUUGAAUUGAUGUUAAAAAUAAAAUAAAUAUAAAGUGUUUUAAAAAGAUA